CCCGCCCCCGCUCGUGCACUCUGACCCAGCUAGUGACGCGCAUAUAAGCGCGUUCGUGCCGAGCCGCCAGUGAGCGAGACAGAGAGCGACCAUUCAUCAUCCUCACAGAUCAUUCCACUCAGACACAGAGCGACUCACAGCUGCAACAAUGGCCUCCGGCGUGAAAGUGACCGAUGAAGUUAUUGCUGUCUUCAACGACAUGAAGGUACGAAAGGCGCAGGCAAACGAAGAGGAGAAGAGGAAGAGGAAGAAGGCCAUUCUCUUCUGCCUGAGCAAAGACCUGAAGUACAUUGUUCUGGACGAGGGCAAGGAAAUUCUGCAGGGGGAGCUGGGAACCACUGUCCAAGACCCCUACCAGCACUUCGUCAAGAUGUUGCCCCCGGACGACUGCCGCUACGCUCUGUACGACGCCACCUAUGAGACCAAAGAAACUAAGAAGGAGGACCUGGUCUUUAUCUUUUGGGCUCCGGAUAGUGCCCCACUCAAGAGCAAGAUGAUCUAUGCCAGCUCAAAAGACGCUAUCAAGAGGAAAUUUGAGGGUAUCAAGCACGAGUGGCAGGUGAAUGGUCUUGAAGACUUGAAAGACAGGCACACUCUGGCAGAGAAACUGGGCGGCUCAGCAGUAGUCAGCGUGGAAGGGUCCCCGCUCUAAUGGCCGCGCCCCUGCCUCAUUUCCCGGCUUCCUCAGAGGCCUUUCUGACACAUUUGUUGGGUUUAGCUGUUCAUUCCAGUGGGGUUGGGGAAAAGGGCGAACAUGGAGCCAGCAUCAUUUGCAGGACACUCUGGGAGGGAUAUCAAGGGUGGGUGUGGAGUUGGGGGGCGGGAGGGGGGUCAAGUGAUUCUUAAAAAAAAUCCAGUUAACGUCUGAAGAAUCUAAAUCAAACAGAAUGACGGAUGAUGUAUACUUGGUAAAAGAUGGCUAUUUUUCUGGGGUUUAUUUGAAAGUGAUGGGCAACAAUCUGAAAAUCCAACCUCGUGACACCUGAAAUUGUUCCAACUACAUUUUUUUUUGCCAAACUUCUAGUUAAGUUUUGUAAGUGUGUGUAGUUGAGAAUAGAUGUAGUAAACUAAUUUUGAUUGCACGAGAAGUUUCAAAACCUUCUCCUGGGCAACGCCAUUCAGUAUACUUUUGUCUUUUUUGGCUCAUCAUACAAUUCCCAAACUUGAGAAUGAUGGCAUUCGAUGUAGUGAACACACAUUCCUUGUUCUUGUAAGAAAAGCAGGUUCUCCUCGAUGAAACUUUGUUGUGACGCAGGUCUGAUGGGAGCGAUGUCAGUUUGAGACUGAUUCUUGAAUGGUGGAUGUUUUGUAUCGUCUCCGGAUCUCUAUUAAAAAGCACUAAACUACA